ACAGCAUCACUCUUCACCGCAGAAAGAAGGAUAAAUUCAGCGUGACCAAAACACCAGAGUGAAGCCAUGAUGUCUAAGCUGCAGAAAACUAUCGGAGCAGUGUGGGCUGUCAGUGGGAUGCAUAAAUCUGCAGUGAAAGUCUUGCAGCGUCCAGCCCCAGAAGACACAGUCACGGACAGUUUUGGGAAGUUCAUCAGUGAAAUUAAGCCCCAGCACUUGUCUCCUGUGGUGCUUCACCGCAGUAAGAGGAUGGUGCUGGACAGCAUCGGAGUUGGUCUGAUUGGAAGCACAACAGAUGUGUUUGAACUGGCCCUGCAGCACUGCCAGCACAUGUAUGCUCCUGAUGACAUCAGCUCUGUGUACGGACGCAGAGGCAGCAGACUCUCCCCAACACUGGCAGCUUUUGUCAAUGGAGUGGCGACUCACUCCAUGGACUUUGAUGAUACGUGGCACCCUGCCACUCAUCCCUCAGGAGCCGUCCUUCCUGCUGUGCUGGCUCUCAGUGACAUGAUGCCAGCUAACAAUAAGCCCAGUGGUCUGGACUUCUUGCUGGCCUUCAACGUGGGCAUUGAGAUUCAGGGCCGACUAAUGAGGUUUUCUAAUGAGGCCCACAACAUUCCCAAGAGGUUUCAUCCUCCCAGUGUGGUCGGGACUAUGGGCAGUGCAGCCGCCUGUGCUCGCCUCUUGUCUCUGGAUCCCUCCCGGUGCAGUCAUGCCUUAGCUAUAGCUGCUUCUCUGGCAGGAGCCCCGAUGGCUAAUGCUGCCACUCAGUCUAAACCUCUGCACAUCGGCAACGCUUCACGUUUGGGGCUGGAAGCUGCUCUGCUGGCCUCCCGAGGCCUCGAGGCCAGUCCUCUGGUCCUGGAUGCUGUUGCAGGGGUGGCCGGCUUCAAUAUGGACAAGGACAGCGGAGGCCUCAUGGAUCUCUACACAAAAAACAGGUUUAGCAAGAUUCAAUAUCAUAUUGUUUCCUUNACACUCGUCGGGGGAGACAUACUAAAGGGACGCUGUGACACCUUCUAUGGUCACUGGCGAAACCCUCUGACCAACGAGAGUCUGAGGAAGAAGUUCAGGCACAACGCGGAGGUGGUGCUUCCCUCAGAGAAGGUUGAGAGGCUGAUUGAUGUGGUGGAGGAGCUGGACAGACUCGGGGACUGUAGCGCCCUUCUGUCACAGCUGCAGUGAACAUUGACACAAACAUAACAAUCACAAAAAACUAAAUACAUUUUACACAACAAGAGUAUUAAAAUUAGAGUAAAUACAACAUAUUUCCUUUAAGAGGUUUCAGUGAAAGAAUUAUAAUGAACUUAAGAUCAAAUAUGAUGACAAAUAACAUGAGAGUACUAGAAAAUAAAAGUCCAUUAUAUAUAUAUAUAUACUGUGUAUAUAUCCAAAGUAUCUCUAUGGGGUUAGGAUCUAGGUUCUGACUGGAAGCUCCAAAAGGUAGAUUUUGUUUGUUGAGAUCAUUCUGUAACGGAUUUUCUUGAGAUUUUUGAGUCUCUGUUCUGCCGCAUAACCCAACUUCUCCUGAGUUUCAGCUUGUAAACAAACAUCCUGACAUUAUCCUGGAAAAUACUGUGAUAAAUAGCUAGUGACAGCAAGCUGUCGAUGUUCACAGGCAGUGAAGAACCCACCAAAACACAAUUUGCACAUUGCGGAGAUGUUUACCAGCAUUUAAGCCGUCAGCUGUUACUUUAAGCAGUUUUUGGGUUGUUUUUUUUUUACCUCGUCAUCUUAGCUUGGUGGCCACCUCUGGGGAGAGUAGCAGCAAUACUGCAUUAUAUCUAUUUAUAGUUAUUUCAUCUGACUGUGAACUGAUGAAUAUGUUACUUUGUAAACUUUUAGAGCUCAGUACAAAUCAGCAGAUCUUGAAUGCAGAUCUUGUGAAACCUCUUUUUCAGGCUACACUAUGAAUGUUUGCAGGAUAGAUUUGAAACAGAUGAAAACCAUAAAAUGUAUUUUUUUUUCAUUAUUGUAAGUUAGAUGAAGAUUUUGCUAUAUUUUAAGACUAAUUUGUACAUUACUGUAUGUUAUUGUGCAGCGUGACAAUGACCCCAAACAUACAGCCAGAUCUCAACAUCGCUGAGUCAGUCUGGGGUCAUGAAGAAGAAGAAGCAGCUGAGUCAGCGUAACUCAAGAUGUAAGAUUUUUCUUAAAUUAAUAAAUAAAUAAAAGGUAUUUGUGGCAAAAA